AUGGGUGGUUUGAGGGACCGGCUCCUGAGGGCUUUGGCCGGAGCUGCUCUAGCGAACGGGGUGUUGGCCGUGGACGUCCUCGAGACGGUGGGCUUCAGCAACUGCAACACAAACACCGACAUCUCGGUGCAGAAGGUGGAUAUCAAGUACAACAACGACAACAAGACUGUUACCUUUGAUGUGGCAGGGAGGAGCGCCGCGGUACAAAACGUGACGGCCGUACUGAACGUCACGGCAUAUGGCCAAAACAUCUAUUCUAACAGUUUCGAUCCCUGCAAUGCGGCCACGUUCGUGGAGCAGCUUUGCCCUGUUCCCGCUGGUGAGUUCUCGGCACGGGGAUCACAAAGAAUUCCCGACGAGUUCGCAACCCUGGUGCCCUCGAUAGCGUUCCAGAUCCCGGACAUUGCGGCCAUGGCUACUCUGCAGCUGCAAUCCAAAGAUUCAGGCGAAAAGCUGGCAUGCAUUCAGUCCGAAGUAUCUAAUGGCAAAACGGCGAACGUACCUGCCGUGUCGUACGUGGCCGCUGGUCUCGCCGGAGCUGCUCUGCUCCUUGGUGGCGUCUCAGCAGUCGGGGCAGCCUUUGCAGGGGGCAGUGCUGCCGCUGGCGGAAGCUCGGCGGCCGGCGGUAUGGGCACGAUAAGCCCGACCUUCACCGAGGUGUUCGGCUGGUUCCAGGGCAUGGCGAUGAAUGGUAUGCUGUCGGUCAACUACCCUCCCGUCUACCGAAAUUUCGCCAAGAACUUUGCCUUCUCGACCGGCCUGAUCCCAUGGACGCAGCUCCAAACAUCCAUCGACAGUUUCCGCGCUGCCACUGGAGGCAAUCUGACAGAGAACAGCGUCGAGUAUGUGAUGAACGCUACUCUCGUCUUUCCGGAUGGGUCGACACACACGAAUGGGCCUGCCUUGGUCAAGCGAGCAUUCGACGAGUUCGUCCGUCUUGCUGCCAGGCAGAUAGAUACCAGUGUAAAUGGAACCGCGAGCGACCCGGCUGCGUCAUCGGAUGAUCCCAUGUCAACCAUACGCUUGAGUGUGAGCGGUAUCCAGGCGUUCGCCGAGCAAGUGAGCAUCCCUUCGAGCAAUAUCUUCAUGACGGCGCUCUUGAUCGUGGCCAUCAUUAUUGCGGCCAUUGUUGUCGGGGUUCUACUUGUCAAGGUCGUUCUCGAGUUCUGGGCUUUGUUCGGCAGCUUCCCAAAGUCACUGGCGGGCUUCCGCAAGCAUUACUGGGGCUCCAUUGCGCGCGCCGUCACUGGCCUGAUCCUUCUUCUCUACGGCAUUUGGGUGCUGUACUGCAUUUUUCAAUUCACCCAUGGAGACUCGUGGGCAGCCAAAACGCUAGCCGGCGUCACGCUGGCUAUCUUCACGGGCAUCUUGACCUUUUUCUCGUUCAAGAUCUGGAGCACGGCUCGCAGGCUUAAGAAGCUCGAGGGCGACAUCGGCGCCCUGUACGAGGACAAGAGCAUUUGGGUUAGGUACAGUCUGUUUUACGAGUCGUACCGGCGCGACUACUGGUGGAUCUUUCUACCGACCAUCGUCUACAUGUUUGCCAAAGGCUGUGUCCUCGCAGUUGCUGACGGCCAUGGGAUGGCGCAGACAGCGGCGCAACUGAUCAUUGAAGGCCUCAUGCUCAUCCUCCUCUUGUGGAGCCGCCCAUACGAGCGCCGCUCAGGCAACAUCAUCAACAUCGCCAUCCAGACGGUGCGGGUGUUGUCAGUGGUUUGCAUCUUGGUGUUCGUAGAGCAGUUCGGCAUUGCCCAGACAACGCAGACGGUGACGGGCGUCGUGCUGAUUGCAGUGCAGUCAGCGCUCACAGGAAUCUUGGCCAUCCUGAUUGCCUGGAAUGCCAUCAUCGUAUGCUGCAAGGAAAACCCGCACCGCAAGCGCCGAAAGGAGAUGGAAAAGAUGCAACGUGACACGCUCACUUCCCUCGGCGCGCGCAACUCACUGUUGUUCGACCGCCCGAAGACGGGUUCGGAUGUAUCCGACUCCCUUUCCCUCUCCAAGACGGGCUUCGCCAUCGAGACCAAGGAAGUUCCUCGCUCGGACGCUCCAGCACGGUACUCGGAUACGGGCCUAAACCCCAUGUUCGCGUCCCGUGCUCCGGGCGGCGGCUCUUCACGGCCGCUCACACCCAAUUCGCCCUUGCCAGGGCCCAAUGCGAGCCGCGAGAACCUGGUGCUCGGGGCGGCGCCGCUCGGCGGUGGUGACACGCGUCAGCCAACACUACCGAAUGUAGGAGGCGGCUUCUCUGCCGGCUACAAUGGGCAGAACCCGCGUGGCUACCCGAACACGUUUUUGCAACCCGGGUAUGGGCCAGGCGGAGGAUACACUGGCGGCGGCGGCGGUUAUGGUUACCGUGGACCAUAUGGUGGCUACUAA